UUGCAUUCCAGUUUUUCUUAAAAAUGGUUGCCGGCCAAUCCUCUAACCAAAUUCAGUUUGCUUACUCUUUGCUUUUCACAAGUCACCCUGGAUCGUGAAAAAAGGACUGACUUUCGGAGCACUUUAAAUUAGAAUUAAUCACCAUCAUGGCAAAUGAUGGCAGUAGAACUAUUGAUGUUGAAGCAUUGGAGAAGAGCAUUGAUGAAAAGCUUCGCAGUGAUUCACCAUUGUCUGCCAAAUGUUGUAUAUUCAAAGUUCCAGAGGUGCUGAGGAGACAUAAACCAGAGGCAUAUCAACCUGAUGUUGUUUCAAUCGGACCCUUUCAUCACCAAAGUGGUAAGAAAUUUGAACACAUGGAAAAUGUGAAACACUGGUAUUUAAAAAAUCUUCUUUCAAGAUUGGGUGUAAGUUUGAAAACUUUGAUUGAGCGCAUUGAUGUUGUUGAGUUUGGGAGAGAAGCUCGUGGUUUAUAUGCAGAUCCAUUGAAUGAACUCAACCAGAAUGACUUCAUAGAAAUGAUGAUACUUGAUGGUUGCUUCCUUUUGGAAUUGUUUUGGAGAUGUCAAAUUAACAACCUUAAGCUUUUCUUGACCACCAUAGAAGAUGUCAAUGCUGAAGUUGAACUCGGUAUUGGAAUGCAACAAGUAGAUGCUUGGAACCAAAUACUAGAUAUUGAUAAUGACUCCAUAUUCAACAUGCAUUGCAUGGUCCAAUAUCUAUGUCAUGACCUUUUGCUGCUAGAAAAUCAACUACCUUGGUUUGUCCUCGAGCGUUUAUAUAGCCUUACCAUAGGACUAGGUAAACCUAACCCUCAGACCUCCCUCAUUCAUCUUGUGCUCAGUUUCUUCAGCACAGUCUCAUCUCUUGCCCAACAUUGCGCUUGCUAUUCCAGUUGUAGUCAAAAUAAUAUCCUACACAUACUUGAUUUGAUUAGAAGAACAAUUGUUGACCCUUUCGAAGAGUGUAAAUCUAGCACAAACACGGAGACAAAUUUGCUUUCUGCCACUAUUCUCUCAGAGGCUGGCGUUGAAUUUAAACAAGGUUCCAUUGAUGGCAACAUAAUGAACAUUGAUUUCAAAAAUGGGGUUCUCACAAUUCCAAAAUUGGCAAUUGCAGAGCUAACCGAACCUCUCUUCAGGAACCUUAUUGCCUUUGAGCAAUGCUAUCAUCACUGCGAGCAUAAAGUAACAUCAUAUGCCCUUUUAAUGUCUAACCUCAUUGCUUCCAGUAAGGAUGCUCAUUUUCUCCGUAAGAAAGAAAUACUAAGCAAUUGGUUGAGUGCUGAAGAUGCUUUCAGUUUCUUCGAUAAGCUUUACAGUGACACAUUGCUUCGGGAUUUUUGCUAUGGCGGGCUCUGCGCCGAAGUGAAUGAAUAUCACAAACAUAGAAGAAACAAGUGGCGAGCAAAAUUAAAGCGUGAUCAUUGUUCUAACCCAUGGAAAAUCAUUUCUUUGGUUGCAGCCUUUAUCCUUCUGGUUCUCACCACGUUGCAGACCGCAUUUACCAUUCAGCAAUACUAUUUUCCUCGGUGAUAUUUGUUAAUUAGUGUAGUUUGUGGUAUUCAUUUACUUGCAAUGUAUUUUGAUGUACGAAUUGUUCGAGGAAAUUUUAAAUAAAAGUUGGAUUUGCAUAUGAGUGAAGU